AUGCUUACUUCAGCCUCGAAUUCAUUAAAUAUUGUAAAUACGAAUAAUUCAUUAUCAUCGCCUCCACCUGUUGUUAACAGCGUUCCGUUGCCGUUACAAGGGCAACAACAAAAGAAUGAGACAACAAAUCCAUUAUUAGAUCAUACAGUCAUAAAAAAUCUUCUUUCACCGCACAUUAGUUCUUCGACGAAUGCAACAAACGAUAAACCAAUCACAGACUUAGCAAUGAAAACACCGAUUAGUUUUCUACAAGAAAUAUGUUUUCGCAUCCAUUCAACACCAAAUUAUAGUCUAUGUCCAAGUGAAGAGCAUAAUUAUUCUAGUGAACCUGUUUUUCUUUAUCGUGUGACAAUCGAUGAUUUAAUUGCAUUUGGAAGAGGAUCUAGUAAGAAACGUGCAAAGCACAGAGCCGCCUCAGCAAUGAUUGAAAAAUGUUAUGAAAAAUUGAAGAUGAAUAAUGAUCCGUUGACAAACACCAUUGAACAAUAUUGUUUAACGAAACCAUUACAAAAUAAUAUCAUUGACGAUGGUACAUCCGGUAAUCCUGUUGGACAACUUCAAGAGUUAACACAAAAGAAUUGGAUACGCCCACCGGAAUAUCAUUAUUCUGAUCAAGAUGGGACAAUACCAAAUGUGAAAACCUACAUAUGUCGAGCGAAAGUAGCACAUUAUGUAGAAGAAGGUGUUGGGUUAUCGAAAAAAAUUGCUAAACGUCUUGCUGCACAUAAUCUGUUAGAAAAAUUAGAAGAACUGAGUACAGAAGAGAAAAAAGCACUAUUAAAUCGUGCCGAAGGACAUAGUGAACAAGAAUAUUCACAGGUACAUCAGCGAUUUAGACGAUCAAGACGAAAACCAAACGCUACGAAUCAUCUAGAUCCAAAUGUCCGUACAAAUAAUUUUAAUAGUGGUUUAACACGUACAAAUCGUGUAUAUGAAAAAAAUUCAUUUCAAAUGUUAAAGAAUAGUGAUUUACCAUUGAUAAAACAACUAUUGUCAGAUGAAUAUCGUGAAUGUCCGAAUGCAUAUCGGAUGUUAGCACACCUAGCCAAAGAACAAAAUUUUCAUUUUACAUUUAUUGAACUACCUUGUAUUGAUUCAUUAUUCCAAGUCUUGCUCGAAAUUCGUCUGAUACCGGUAUCUGUGUUUCAUGGUUAUGGUGCAUCAUUAGAUAUUGCACAAGAGCGAGCUGCCUUCUUUUCAUUAAACUAUAUUCGUUGUUUAUCGAGACAAGCUCAUCAACAACCGCAACAUCAGCAGAGUACACUGUCUACUACGACGAUCCCAGGUGGUGUUCAAUCUUGA